AUGGAUCGAUCAAUUAUUGAUGGAUUUGGUAAUUUAUACAAUAAUGGUAAUAUAAAAGAGACAAUACUUCCAUCACCAAGAGAUGAGGGAACAACAACAACCUCUAACACAACAACAACAACAACAACAAGAAGAUACCAACUACACCAACAACCUCUACAACAACAACAGAAAAUGUACAAGAAUAUAAAAGGGGAAACGAAUCAACAUCUCCAAGAGAAAUUGGAUCUAUUGAAAUUUGAACAUAACCAACAAUUGGAAUUACUACAAGACCAAAUUUAUCGAUUAGAGAAAACAAUUACUCGACAAAAGGGAGCAUUAAGGGAACAAAGAGAGGAGAACAAAGAAAAAGAGUCGAGAAUACAAGAGUUGGAAAAGGAAAACGAUGUCUUGAAAGAUAUAAACGAGGAACUGGAAGGCGAGUUGCAAGACAUUCAAGAGAACGGUAUAUUCGAUAAAGAGAAUGCAGAUUUAAAGACACAAUUAAAAUCAAUUGCAACAAUGGCCAUGAAAAAUUUAUCGGUCGACGAUGUCAAAGAGAUUCAAGAUCUUGCUUUUCCAUCGGGCACCAUGCAACCAAUUGGGCAUCCACAAAACAAAAAAAACAAGUGCAGUAUCUGUUUUACCAAUGUCACCGAUAUAUCUUUUCAAAGGAUCGAUGAUGACAAUCAAGUUAAACAUUUUCAUAAAGCCAUCCAACACUCUCUAAACCAGCAUGACAAAGUAAAAGAUGGGGUUGAAUUGUCCUUUAAAAGUGUUGGCAUUGAUUAA